CCGCGGAACCAUCGGGUCUCCCAGCCUUGAGCUGUUCACUUUCAACAGAGGCAUCAAAAUAGGAGAAAUAUCUUCUGGCCUGUUUAUUUCAAUGUGUACCUUGCGGUUCUGAGCUGUUUGUAUGUACAAACUGAAAAAUAAACAUCAGAAACAUUGCAGCCAGCCACUUUUGAGAUAAAAAUCGACCUCCCUCGGGGCAAGGCGAAUAGCUCCCUCCAGCCUCAGGGAUCCAGAUGAGGUGUUCAGAGGUGAUGGCCAUGCCCACGUCCUGCCAGGAACCACGGGAGCAAGGCAGCAGCACAGAUUGCUGGCCAGUGCCACCAGCCAGGACUCCUCCUUGUGUCCUGCAGGUGCUCUGUGCUGCAGGGCUGCGCUGUUGAUGGCACCGGGCACGGCUGGGGCCGAGCUGGCCUGGCCCCAAGCUGCCUUUGGAGUUUGGAGCUGACAUUUGCGUCUUUGCAGGACCGAAACUGUGCACCCCAGAGGAAGAAAUGUAACAAUUUUCCGGAUUCUUCCUCCUCCUUUCUAAAAGGGAUGCCUUGAGUUUAAAACAAAGCAGUUCAUUUGAAAAAAAGACUAAUGAAUAUAGCCGCCCUUGCUCUUUUGCAAGUUUAAGCACCUCAUCUUUCCUGAAAGAACAGCUCUAAAUAAUUUUAUCUGCAAGCUCUAAGCAGGAAUUUGUAUUCAUGGUAAGACACUUAUUGAGUUAAUUUAUUUAAUGCUGGGGCAUAAUUUCUAAUAGUGGAGGAGUCCCUAGGCUUAGUGCAAUUGUCUCCCUGUUAGGGCAUUAAUAUUUAAAGGAGUUAUAAUAUUAUGUCAAUUGAUCUGUGUCUUUUAGGAAGCAGGUUAGCAGUUAUUGAUGGUCACUUGUGUGAAGGAUUAGCUCAAAUAAAGCUAAUCCUUGGUAUUUGGCAGACCAAUGCCUGCCCCCUGGCCAAAUCCCUCGCCCCGGCAGGGAGGGGCCCGGUGUCUGGGGCAGUGGAUCCGAAAGGAAUGUGGAGAAUGCGGAGGGAAAGAAGGCAGGGCGGAUCUGGAGGGUGCUGCUGCUCCGCAGAGCCGGGCUCAGACAGCAGCACGGGAGGGCUGCAGUGCCUUCCUGUGGCUGCCAGUGCUGCUGCUUUCAGCAUUUCUGGGAGAGCCGCGAGCCUCCUGCGAUCUGAGCCGGGAGCUGUCGGUGCGUGUUCUGCAGGAGGCUCAUUCAUCUCGACAGACAGUCCUACUGCUGACGCUCAAGACAAAUAACUUGACCUCUGUGUACCUUAAUUUCUCUGUUAUUAAAAGUGGGGAACAUUUAUACUAUUUCUUGAGUGGUUUAAAAUGAGAACUGUUCUGAAUUUUAAAAAAUUCUUGGUUGUUUUACUACUAUAUUUAAUUCCAUAUUGCACUAAGAAACAUGGUGCUGAAUGGCCUUUAAAAACAAGGUAAUGUGGAAACCAAUCCAGAUGAAAUACCUUUGUGCUUAUUGUAGAAAUUGAGUAUUUAUUGAGGGAAACUGAACGCUGGCAUGGAAGGACGUGCAGCUGCAGUGCAGCUUUUACUGUGCUGCUUGCAAGAGCAAAAUAAAUGUUCUGGGUAGAUGUGGGCCGUGGAGGUGCUCAGGAGGGUUCGUGGCUGGUUUUCCCCCAAAACUUCCUGCAGUGGGGAGUGUUUUCACUGCCCUGCAGAAAAGCAGACUAAUAGAUGUGUAAGAUGAAUGAUUGUCUGAACUGUGCUCCUCGAGGCCCCAUCUCCUAUUUUUUCCUUGUGUGCUUAUCUGCCAGUGGAUUGUCAAACCUUCAAUUAAUGCGUCACUUGCAGCUCCUUCCACCCUCCCUCCCUCCCUUCAGCCCUGCCGGCUCCUCUCCCGUCCUGGGCAGGUGCUCUGAGGCAGGUGCUCAGCCAGAGCAGAGACACAAGACAGCCACCUCCUUCCCUGCCCGGAGAGCUUAGCACAUUCCCUGCUUCUCCCAGGGCAGGGAUGGAGCGCUGAACUCCCCCAGCUGUGCCUGCCAGCAUGGGCUGCAGGGAAAACCAGUUCCCUUUGUCAUGGACACCGCAGAUGGCCAAGGAGAGUAAUCCUGAAUUACCAGGGGAACUGCACAGUUUAUUUGACAUUUACUUGUUACCUGGAAGCUUGGAAGAAAAAUUCCCGCGUGUUCACUGAGGAUUUUGUGGCCAUGUGUUUGCUGUAGCCUCUUGGUGUAUUGACUAUGCCCUUGGUCACCUAACAGUGUUUAAGGCUACAUUUUUCUGUGAAAAUGAAACUCUUUGCUGGACAGAGAAACAUAAAUACACAACAUUAUUACAAUUUCUUCCCACUACUGGUAAUCUCUGAUGAAAGCUCCUGCCCUGUAGCAGCAGAAUUGCUAUUCUAUUAGCUGACACACUGAGCAGUGAAGAAAUACUGUGAUGAUAUUCAGCUCUGGGCACUGGUGUCAUCUUUCUCUUGCCCAGGAGUACUUACAGAUUUCAAUUUCACUGCCUCCCAGUCUUUGGUAUAUUUAUUGUCUUUAUGGUCAUCCUGUGUAAAACAUGGGAUAUUCAUGAGGGAUGCCCAUGAGAGGUUCCUCAGCUGAAGUUCAUGAAGUCUCAUACUUUAACUGAAGUCUGAUUUGUAAAAUUAACUUCUUUCUACAAGUUUUUUCAACAACCUGGACCAAUAUCUUCAUUCUUUUCAGUCAAAAUUGUGGUCUAACAUGGCUGCGAGUGGGUAAAUGAUUCUCUCUCUGGUCCUGCAUCCUCACAUUUUAGUGAGGAGCCCUUGAGAGCCUCUAGAAACACCUGAGUACCAUUUCAGAGAAUGGGCUAGAAGAGCAAAGCCUUGUUGGAAAUUCAGAUGUGGGACUGGCAUUAGAGCAUAUUGUGUUUUGAAAAAACUGCAUCCUUUCUCCACUGGGAUGCCUUGAAUUCAUAGUACUUGAAUGUUGAGGUAUUUGACUGGCUCAGUGUGGGCAAAGUUGUUAUUUCCUGGUGCUCUGCUUGUCCCAUGGCACAGCACCAGAGCUGUGUGUCUGGCUGAGGAGGCAGAGUGUCCUUUGGGCUGUACAGGAAAGAUCUAACCCAAGCAGAAAACUCACAGUGUUGGGGUUAUUGUGGUGCAGCCACACUGGAAGCUGAGGCUCUAAAUGCCAUGUGAUGAGAGAGGUGCUAGGUCUGAAAAAAGGUGUGUGACUGGAGCAGCAGUUCCAGCAGGAAGCUGGAGAUCAGAGUGGAGCAGAGCACGGCUCAGAGCUGCCACUGUGGCACCUGCUCUAAGGCCAGCACAAGCCCGAGGAGUCUUGGGCCAGCAGCCAAAUUUGGUUCCACUCCCAGAAAAGUCAACGAAACCCCUUUGAAGUGCAAUGACCUCAUGCUCUGCUGCAUGAGUGGCUUGCCAGCCUUGCUGUUAAGAGCAGGGGUUUAUCCCACGUGCAAUCAAUGGAGCACAGAGUUACAGCUCUUCUGUGAGGCUGGGCAGGGGAGCCUGGGAAUAAAAGAAGCUGAAACUGCCAUCUGUGGGCAGGAUCCCUCUUGGCUUCAGUCUGAUGCUCUGGGAACUACCCACACAUUUUCCUGCUUAAUCAAUCUGUUCCCGUGGUGCCAUUCUCAACAUCAGCUAUUGCCAUCCCAUACUGAGAGCAGAGGAGAGGAGAGGAGCUAGAACUUGUCAAGGACUUCAAGACCCAAGUUGUCACCAGGGCUUUUUAUGUGACAAGCAGAGCAAAUACAGAAACAAUCUCCAGACAUGUUCUGCAGAUAUUUUUCCUUCUUCGGUCUGUGUCUUUUCCUUCCAACCCAAAGGAGCUCUCUGGGUCAUGGAUCCAGCUUGCAUGGCAGGAGCACGACGUCCCUCACCGGAUUUGAGAACCUCACCGUGGGGUACAACAAAUACCUCCGGCCCUACUUUGGUGGAGAACCUGUGCAAAUUGCAAUAAGUCUGGACAUUGCAAGUAUUUCUAGUAUAUCUGAGAGUGACAUGGAUUACACAGCCACCCUCUCCCUGCGGCAGCGCUGGACCGACCCUCGGCUGGUCUUCCAUGGCAACGAGAGCUUCACGCUGGAUGCCCGCCUGCUGGAGCUGCUCUGGGUGCCAGACACCUACAUUGUGGAGUCAAAAAGGUCCUUCCUGCACGACGUCACCGUGGGCAACCGCCUCAUCAGGCUGUUCUCUAAUGGCACUGUCUUGUAUGCCUUAAGAAUCACUACUACUGUUGCCUGUAACAUGGACCUGUCAAAAUACCCUAUGGACACCCAAACAUGCCGACUGCAGCUAGAAAGCUGGGGCUACGAUGAGAGCGAUGUCACCUUCGCCUGGCUGUGGGGAAACAGCUCCGUGCGCGGCAUGGAGAGGCUGCGGCUCUCGCAGUACACGGUGGAGCGCUACCACACCCUGGUCUCCAGGUCACAGCAGGAGACAGGCAGUUACCCACGACUGAUAUUACAGUUUGAACUGAGAAGAAACGUCCUUUACUUCAUGUUGGAGACCUAUGUGCCCUCCACUCUGCUUGUCAUGUUGUCCUGGGUUUCUUUUUGGAUCACACUGGACUCAGUGCCUGCAAGAACCUGCAUUGGAGUUACAACAGUGCUUUCAAUGACAACUCUGAUGAUCGGCUCACGAAGUUCACUUUCAAAAACCAACUGUUUCAUUAAGGCCAUUGAUGUUUAUCUUGGCAUCUGCUUCAGCUUCAUCUUUGGUGCCCUUGUGGAGUAUGCAGUGGCUCACUACAGCUCCUCACAGAAGCGUGCAGCUAAAGCACAGGAAGAGGGGCCUGCAAAUGAACUGACUGAAGAAAUUGAAGAAGUUAACAUCACCAACAUCCUCAAAAAUUCUAUCACCAGCUAUAAACAAAAAAUCAGCUUCACAAGCAUUGAGAUUUCCAGCGAUAAUGUUAACUGCAGUGACUUGACCAUGAAAAGUCAUGAGAAAAUCAAAUGUGUCUUGAGGAACAAAAUGCACAGGAUCAUUGGUUAUUUCACAAUUCAGAACCCUGGCAAUGUGGACCACUACUCCAAAUUGCUUUUCCCUUUGUUUUUCAUGGUGGUCAAUGUGUUUUACUGGGCUUAUUAUCUAUAUUUUUAGUAGAAAUUAGUUGCUUCAUUCUCCUACUUCAGCAGGAAAGAAAUUGUGCUAGUGGGCAUCCAGGUACCUAACCUCAGUGAAUUCAGUGUGGACAGAAAGCUUCCUUGUGUUCCCUGAGGUACCCAGCAGAGGUGUGUGAGAUGUGCAUGCCUCAGCAGCACUGACUCUGACAGCAGCUGUUCAGCUGAGUGGCUGGGCUGGGCUCUUCUGCUCCUAGGUGCAUUUCAUUCCACACCUCACCUGGCUGGAGGUGGGUGUGCAGGACUGCGCUGGCGGCUGCAGAGCGCUACGGGCAGCAGAAUUAUUUUGGUAGCUUGGAGCAGGUUGAAACCUUCAAGAUGGGAUGUCCCAGAGGAUGGAUAAGAUCAUGACUGUUAUUCUUUGUUUGCCAGAGAGAACAGAGGGACUGUGAUUGCUGCCUCAAUACCUGCUCUGUUGCAGUGAGGGCCCUGAGGCAGCAGCAGGAGCUCAGUGCAGUGCAGUACAGUGGGAUGCUCCUUUGCAUGGUGCUGCUUUGUCCUGGAUGGUGCAGUGCCAGGAUGGUGGUGCCUCACUACUUUUAAUCUGUAACUCACUGAGAUAACCCUCACUUGCUGAAGUUCUCCAUCCCUGAGACAGAUGGAGGGUUGUUGUUUGCUGAGCUGCAUUUUUUCAGAGAUUUGGGAACAUGAAACAGAGGCAGCAAAUCAUUUUGUAACCCAUCUCUUAUACUCUCCCUGCUGUACUGCACGUGAACAGGUUCUACCACUUUCCAUGUCUUACCUCACAAAUUAUUUUUUGUCCUGGAGAAUGUUUCCCUCAGCCUUCACUGCCACAAGCAGCUCUCACUCCUUGCCAGCCAUAGGUGCAAAUAGCCAUUUGUCAUCCCCUCCUCUACGUGGCCGUGCAGCUGUGGCAAGUCAGCCGUGCUGCUGGGUGCAAAACAUGCAUGGGUUGGGGUAGGCUAGUCUAAAUCACCCUUUCACACUUUCACUUUUAGGUGGAAACACUGCUACUUUUUUGAGAAAGAUCAUAUUCUAAGUGGGCUCUGGAAACUACCUGAAGUCAGCUUUGUUUAUCCUGCAAUCAGCAGAAGCCAAAAUUUUCUUUUAAAGGUAAAUGAAAUGUGGCCACACAGUUUCAUUAAAGAACCAAAUGCUUUUUGGUACUGUGUAGCUUAAGAAUACUAGAAGUCUUUAUUUGCUGAUUGUAAAACAAACGUUUUAUGGCAGAUUCCCCCACCUGGCACCCUUUUUUGGUCUGUGCUGCUUUCAUCACUGAGAGGGGGCAAUCCUGCAGUUAUGGGGCAGAAUCAGAAUUGCCUGCAGUGGCUCCAUUCAGCAGAGUUCUGGCUGGGUGAGGCCUCUCAGGCUGUAGCUUAUGUUAGAGUCUCAGCAUGCAGUGCUUGCUUAGCUUAAGGAUCUCUUCUUGGGGGUUCCUAGAGAAGGUGAACAGAGCACGUGAAACUAUAGAUUUUUGACUUUAAUAACUUUUUAUUGAACCACUUCACCGCACUGUAGUUUGAGGGAUCUAACCCACAUAUUCAUAAAUCAUCACUUUAACAAAGAGCAGCACAAGAAGACAGAGUGGAACAGGCUGACAAUGGCAAGUGGAUAAACACAAACUCCAAUAAUGAAGUGUUGGCUUGUAUAUACUGGCAUUUGAAGUCCAUUCCAUAAAAUGUAAUAAAGUGAAUGUUUGUGAUAUGAACACAACCCCUCAGAGAGAUUAUCUACUAAAAAAAAAAAAUCAUUAUCUCUUCUCUGUAUUGGUUUCUUUCUUUAAAACCCAACUAAAAUGCCCUUAUGUGUUUUACACUAGCCACCAAAUAUUAAUAUUAACAAAAGGAAUUUCUUUGUACAAAGCCCUCCAAGAUGAUCAAGUCCAGCUGUUCCCCCAGCCCUGCUAAGGCCAUCACUAGCCCCUGUUCUCAAGUGCCACAUCCACAUGGCUUUUAAAUUCCUCCAGGGAUGGGCCCUCCACCACUGCCCUGUGCAGUCUGUUCCAGUGCCACCACCUUUCCAGUGAAGAAAUUUCCCCCAA